AUGUCCUUCUCUGGUGUGUCGGUCGUCACCAACGGCAAGCUCCAUGACGGUUCCACCAUGAACGCCGGCGCGGCCAGCGGGUACCAUUUGCUCGUUGUUGAAGGCCACAUGGGUACGCAGCAAUUAAUCAGGUCUCGCUACUUCACAGUAGGAGGCCAUCGCUGGUGCAUCUACUGCUACCCCGACGGCCUAUCACUUCAGAUUUGCCUCUACGAGGAAAUGUUAACUACUGCAGAGCCCGUGGGGGCACAGUUCGAGUUCAGUCUCGUCGAUGACACCUCCAAGCAAGAGUCCGCACGUAUCCAUGGCAACAAAAUAUUCGAGUUCCGUGGCUACUCCCACCACGGGUACGACAGGUUCAUGACGAGGGAGGAAUUGAAGAAACACCUAAAGGACAAGGACAACAGCUUCACCAUCCGGUGCGACAUCGUGGUCAAAAAUCCGACGUGGAACACGUCUCCAUUCAUCCUAGUACCGCCGCCCGACAUGCCAUGGAACAUCUCCGACUUUCUCCUCGCAGGGGAGGGCACCGACGUGGUCUGCCGUGUAGGUGAUGAGACGUUCGCCGCCCACCGAUGCGUUCUUGCGGCCCGCUCUACAGUCUUCAGGGCGGCGCUCUUCGGCCCGAUGAAGGAAGGCACGUCGUCCAUAGCUGCCGUCGUGCUGAUAGAUGCCAUGGAUGCAGCGGUGUUCAAGGCUGUGUUAGGGUUCAUCUACAGCGACUCGCUGCCAGUGCCGACACAGGAUGAGAAUGAGGGCGAUCUGCUGCAGCACCUGCUCGUCGCGGCGGAUCCAUAUGAUAUCACGAGACUGAAGGCGAUGUGCGAGAAGAAUCUGUGCGAGCACAUCGACGUGAGCACGGUGGCAACCAUCCUGGCGCUCGCCGACCAGCACCGCUGCGAUGGUCUGAAACAGACGUGCUAUCAAUAUCUCCGCUGCCCGGCGAACCUGAGCGCCGUCGUGGCAACGGACGGCUUUGAUCAUCUCUACAGGAGCUGCCCGGAUCUUAUGAAGGACAUGAUGCUGGCCAUGCUGCCGCCUAUGUAG